ACCUACAUCAAAAACACACGAUAACUUCAAAUCUUUCUGGAAAAUGGUUUGGCACAUGAAAGUAGAGAUUAUUGUGAUGCUAACAAAUCUGAAUGAACCCUCGGGUAUGAAAUGCGAGCAGUAUUGGCCUGAUGUCAAUCAAAGCGAAAUGUUUGGAGAUGAACAUGUUUUCUGUCAAGAACUUUACGAAUUUGCUGAGUACACAAUAAGGAAAUUUGAAGUUUCGAGCAACAAAAACAGACAAACAGCUUGCAGACGCAUAGUUCAACUUCAUUAUACAGCUUGGCCAGACAAAAAGACACCGGAAGAUGUCGUUACCCUUCUUGAAUUCAGACACAAAUUUAGAAAUAUAGACACCACCUUGAAUGGUCCUGUCAUUAUACACUGCAGCGCCGGGAUAGGACGUACAGGAGUAUUUAUAGCUAUUGACAAACUUAUCUUGGAAGGACAUUCUGAAGGCACUGUUAAUGUGGCGGUUUGUGUCAAGAAAAUGAGAGAGAUGCGAAUGAAAAUGGUUCAAACAACCGAACAAUACAAGUUCAUCUUCAAAGCAUUAGCUUACGCUUUAUACUUUGAUUCUGAGCCAAUACAAAAUGAAAACCUUAUAGAAAAGAUUGAAGGGGCUGACGACACAUUGUUUGAUAUAAAAUACCAGGAACUUUUAAUGUGUCUGGAAAAUACUGGAAAUGACAUUACGAGUACAGCGGCAGUAUAUGAAAAUGUUAUGCUCAAAGAUAUGCAUACAGUAGAACUUUUAGACAAUUACAAUCGGGUACAUCUGUAUUUAAACAGAGGUUAUGACGACACGGAUUAUAUCAAUGCUGUCUACAUCAAUAGUUUCAAGCUUAAAGACCAUCUCAUCAUGGCACAAUCACCCCUUCCUGGAACAGAAUUUGACUUUCUGACGAUGAUUUAUCAAGAAAAUUGUUCCUGUAUAGUGUCGAUUGAGGAUAUAUCUGAGCAAAGUAUGGCAGUCAACAAGUGUUUUCCAACGAACAAUCGUUCAACAGAUAUAGGAUGUUUUACAGUUUGUUGUACUGUACACAAAUCCACUUCACAGUACACUGUUAGUAAAAUGACCAUCAAGAAUAAAGGAAAGUUUUCAGAUGAUAGACGGGAUUUUUAUCAUUUUCAAUACAAGAAUUGGAAAGCCAAAGAUGUCAUACCCGAAAACGCUGAAGAAUUUGUGGAGUUUGUAAAAGAUGUCGGGGAAUAUAUAACACAUACCAAUGAAAGUUCACACGUUCUAGUUCAUUGUUUAAACGGGAGUGAACGAAGUGGGAUAUAUUGUGCUGUCGCAAUCAUAAUGGAAAAGAUCUUUUAUGACAAGAAAGUUAGUGUGCUGAACACGUUGAGACACUUAAGGACAAGACGACCAAAUGCAAUAACUAGCAUGGAGCAGAUGAAGUUUUGCUUCAAAGCUGCUAAAGCCAUUGCUGAGACGCAAAUUAAAACAUCCGGUAUUAGUAAAGAUACACCGUAUUGAACAGAAAAGCAAAUCACGACGAAAACAAUUUAAAGAGGAAAAAAACAAAACAUUGAAUAUUAAAGCAAACAAAUGUAAAUUGCGUUUUGAAUUGUUGUACAUACCCUUCUUUAAUAUGUAAAUACAACAAUAUCUUUUAUUUUUGUAAAUGUAAUGUGAAUAUUACAAUAAUUAACAUUUCAGCGUGCUUUUUAUUUCGCAAUCAUUAAAAGUUUAAUUUUGACUGUUAUGACUGUGACAUUGGGUAAAAAGAAACUACACUGUCUUAUUGUUCACCAGCGCCAUUCAAUAAGAUUUCGUAGUUAAAAGUAUGCCAGGGUUGUUCAAAAAUGAAUAUGAUUGCGGCUAUACUGUUCACAUAUUUUUCUCAAUUUACCUACACAACUUUUAGAGAAAAUAUCGGAACAUGUCCCUAUUUACUUUGAAAAAAAAUCAAAACAACAUAUUUAAGAAUGAUAAGUCUGUAAAUAUCAAAAAUAACAUGUGGUACGCAACCCGUCGCACGCGUCGCAAAACAAAUUGAACAUGUAUAAGCCGUCAUUCUUUCUGUAAGUAUUAUCCCGUAUCAUGUAAUUAUAACCAAUCAUCGUUUGUGUUGAUGAAGUUGGAAAGAAGGCAAUCUCAUUUUAUCUACUCACUCCGAAAAUAAAUGCCAUUGAAUCGGCCAAUCUCUAUUCGUGCUCGUGAUUGUUAAGUAGUUUUUAGCUAAAUGGGUAAAAAAUUUUAAUGUUAAUGCAUUCAAUUAAAAGUAUUUAUUCUAUAAACAUUACAAUAAUGUGCAGUAACAUAUAAAAAAGAUUUAUCAGUUGACCAGUAUGAACAGCCUGAUCACAGACUAUCACUUUAUUAAUCAUAAUCGGCGAAUCGACUGAGUACAUUAAUUAGAGUGACUUGUUUACUGUCGCUCCUUUUGUAGCGCUUUUGCAAUUAACGCCACAAAUGCCCACUAAUUUGCCGAUUUGCCAUAGCUCUGUGUUGUUUUUGUUCUCUUAUUUGUCGGAAUUGCUUGAACUAUUUAAAAGCGGGUGACCUACUUGUCUCUUAUUUCAGCUUCGUUUAUAUAUAAGACCCUUGUUUGUAGCUGAAGGACUAUAGAUAGUCUGUGGUUUCAUGUAACAAUCGCACAAAUUUCAAGUUUUUCAACGGACGUCAAAUUUCUACAUUUAACGCAAUGUCCAAUGCUGUUAAAAACUUGAUUGUUUAGCCAUUGCCUGUCUAAAUGAUGUAAACUUUGGACAAAGUGUCAUUUUAUUGAUGAAACUGGGUUGGUAAACUAUAUGGAAAUACAGUCGCCAAGUUAUGAAUAUACUGCAAGUACAAUUCGCCUUGAAGCAAACUCGAAUGUGCAGCACCGGUAGCAUGCUACCAUGGUUAUUCAAUACCACAGGAAACAUGAGUUAAGCAUUGUAAUAUGAUACAAAUAUGCUCAAACAGUUAUUGUAAGUUAAGACCGCUAUACAUAUGAACAAUUAUAAACUUAUUAGAAUAUGAAUUCAAAAAUGUGUAGUCAUUUCCUUUUGAACAACCCUCGUAACAAAGUAGUAUCACCGUCAUUCUAAUAAAAAGGAUCGAAGACAUUUAAGAAAGAAACUCAAUCGCUCUUUCCCAUUUUUAUUGUUUUAUGGACACGCUUUGAAUCAAAACAGCACAUAUGCUUACAAUAUUG